AACAGUAUGACAUGUGCGCGAGUUAGAGUCUACAAGCCUAAGGCAACAGAGGAGAACGCAAGGAAGGACCAAGUCCCUUGUGCUGACUCCGAGACCCCUGGAAAGGAAAAUAUCCAUAAACCAAACAAGUACAAAGAACGGGAAAAAGAAAAUGCAGAAAACAGUGAAGUUGUUGAAAAAAGGUACAAGAAAACAGACAGCAGCAGCCCCACCAAGUUACUCAAUAUCAUCUCAGACUGCAGCGGGGAACAGGAUCCCAAAAAAGUCCUCAAUAUUGUCUCACAGCAUGUUGAUAACAAGGAACCAAGAUCCUUUCGAGUAGGCAGCUUUAAUAUCGAGUUGACUGCAGAGAAUAAGGAUGGAGAUGCAUCCAAACCAUCUGCCACUUCGCAUGUAAAGAUCUCAAUGGCUUCAGACCAGAAAAAAGAUCAGGUCACAGCAAAACCACUUUCUGUAAAGGAGAGAGCAGAGGAGAUAAAACGUCCUGAGCAAAUACCCUUAGAGACCAGAUCUGAGAGAGAAAUAAAGUCUCAUGGUGGGAAAGGUCUUCCAUUCUACUCCAAGAUCAUUCCAGCUGGAAAGUUGGUUGCUCAAUUAAAAAAUUCCACCCUCAAACAAUCAGAGCUCAUUCAGGUCAAUGGAAAAACGUUUCCGCAGGCUAAAUUACUGUUGGGUCAGAUGGGAGCACUUCAUCCAGCAAAUAGAAUUGCAGCUUAUAUUACACACAGACUGCGACCUAAUCUGCUUUAUUUGUCUAAAGAAGCCAAUGCCAAAGCAGCUGCUAAUAAUGCUAGGCCAGAAUCUUCUACAGCAAAUGGAAAUUUGAAAGUCACCACAGAUGGACAGAAAACUACGGUUUCUUCACCACAAAGUAAGAAUGUUUUACCAUCCACACCCAGUGGUGUCUUCACUCACUUUGUCAUGGGUGAAGAUGGAAGUCUAGAAAAGAAAAGUCCUGAAGUCAGACCACCUGAACCCAGUGCUGUGGGGUUGCCAAAGAUGCAUACGCAGUCUUCUCCACUAGUACUAAUGUCUACUCCAGUAUCAUCAAGCAGUGCGGUUACAGUUGUCUCAUCUUCUUCUGUGAACAUGGAAUCAACUACACCGUCAUUGUCUAGUGCUGUUUCACCCAUUAAAAACCAAGCUGCAUCUUUAUCUACACCCAUACAGGGUGCAACUAAACUAGUAACAAAAGACUCUUCUCUCCUUGUAACUAGAACUUUAUCAAAUGACACCACCAGCACAGUUAGUUUAACGCUGGGUCCUUCUCCUCCUAAAUGUGUGUCAAUACCACCUCCAGCUUUAACCAGAGCACCUUGUCCACCUUUGACUUCUUCUUCAUCUGUCCCUCCUCAAGCUCACCCAGGUACUAAUAAAACUCUUGCUGCUUCAGUGGCAUCAAGUUUGGUCGCUUCAGCCAAUGUGCCAACCAUUGGGUUGGUUGGUUCCCCAACCGGAAGACCUACAGUGACAUUAAGAACAGUAACCUCACCGUCUGCAGCAACACAAAGGGCUACCUUAACCUCAGGAGUUGAUAAGCGAUUGGGCCCUCGACUUCUCCUAAUACCAGUCUCCAAUGGCUCUAAUCCAGUUCGCCCAGUACAGAGUGUGCAAACAAGUCCUGGCCAGAAAAUGGUCUUACAACCCAUUAAGGGUCCUAAUGGAAUCAACUUAUUCAGGCACCCAAAUGGGCAGAUUAUCCAGCUUUUGCCAUUGCAACAAAUUCAAUCUACUAACGUUCAACAAAACCAGCGAGUUGUUAUCCGCAGUCCAGGUCCUGCAGUGAGUAUUCAACUACCUCUUAAAAACAAGACUGACAUUGCCACUCCUACUCUUGCUACCACUGAGUCGUCAUCUGUUCCUCCGACACCUGCUCUACAAACUGUGUCUCUAUCUAAGAUCAGCCCAGUUAAGUCCGGGGUUACAGUAAUUCCAACAAGUCCAUCUCAAAUUGCUACACUACGAAUAGGAACACCGCCUAGAGGUAGCAGUGAGGGGUCUCCAUCUGGCUCCAAAGUUGUGGCGUAUGCUAGUAGUGGUGGGGUUCACCUUCGGUCAGGAGGUAUGCCAGUACUAAAGUGCUCAACAACUACUGCCCUAAGCUCCAGCCCACAGGAUUCUGCUCCUAAAGCCAAAGUUAUAUUGAUGUCCAGUAAACCUGCAGUGGUGAUAGAUGCAAAUAAAUUAGCAAAUUUUUCAUUUUUGAAAUCUGCAAUGAUUGUUUCAGCGUGUGAGAGAAAUGCAGAAAGGGAAAACAAGGAAUGCAAAGGACUGGAAACUGAUCACACUGCUAAUAUGAUGGAGAAACAAAAUGGACCUAAUGAUUCUGUUACAUCUGCAGAGCAGGAGGGUUUCACUCAGUUAGUAAAGAAAAUGGGAGAAACUGAGGAGAUGAGCACAAUCCCAUCUCUGAUAAUGGUUAAUGGAAAUGAAUCUAAAAAGUCAGAUAUUUCAAGUGGAGCAUUGUUACAACAUACCAAUAACCAGGAUUCCUUGAGUUCUUUACAGAAAAGCUCUGAUGAUUCCACAGAUAAAGAAGCUGGAAGUCCCUCACAAACAAUUAAGUUGAAUCAUAUAGCUGAAAGUGACCAGAAUUUUGAAAAUAUAAUGGCUGAAAAUGACCAGGAUCUUGAAAAUUCAGCACCUAAUCAUUUAUAUCCAGAAAACCCAGCUGCUAAAAGUGCCCAGGACACUGAAAAUCCAGCAGCUGAAAAUGCCCAGGACCCUGAAAAUCCAGCAGCUGAAAAUGCUCAGGACCCUGAAAAUCCAGCAGCUGAAAAUGCUCAGGACCCUGAAAAUUCAGUGUCUGAAAAUGUCCAGGAACCUGAAAAUUCAGCAUCUGAAAAUGUCCAGGAGACUGAAAAUCUAGCAGCUGAAAAUGCCCAGGAACCUGAAAAUUCAGCGUCUAAAAGUGUCCAGGAUACAGAAAAUCCAGCGUCUGAAAGUGACCAGAAUCUUGAAAACCCAGCCUCGGAAAGGGACCAGGAUCCUGAAAAUGCAGCUGCUAAAAGGGACCAGGAUCAAAAAAAUCCAGAGGGUAAAAGCUCUGUAUUUCUUUGGAACAAGACAAUGAACGUACUAUAGAACCAGCAUACAGUACUGUACAGGUACCGACACAAGCAGAUUCAGAGGUUAAUCAGCAAACACAGGUUAAAUUUGAGCUGGAUGAAGGAGAUAAAGGCAGGAAAGGUGAUGUCACUGAUUUUACAACAAUGGAUGUGCAAGAUGAAAACCUUCCCUCAGAUCCCGGUUACAAUAGUAGCACAAGAGAAAGUGAACACAAUUCUCAGAGUGAGGAUGAAAGUGAAGCUGAUGAAUCUGUGGACAUUGAAACAGUGGAAGAACUUUAUGAGAAGAUUAACAUUGCUCGUCUUAAAGCAACGGCUACUCCUAUGACAUCACACAAUGACAAAAACACUACUCUUGUAAAGCCUUUAAAGGGACGGAAGAUGGGCUCUAAGGUGAAUGGAGAUGAUAUGUUCUCAGUAGGGGGAGAAGAUGAGGAGUCUCUUUUACAUCGUAAGAACCACACAGCAAAUGAACGAAAGCGCAGAAAUGAGAUGAGGGAUCUUUUCGAGGAGCUAAAGAAUGCUCUUGGCCUUCACAACCUUCCAAAAGUUUCAAAGAGCUAUAUUCUUAAAAAGGCAAUUGAAGAAAUUGAGGGACUAACAGAUGCAGCAGAUAGCCUCAUAAGACAGAAGACCUUGAUGUCUCAGAAACAGAGUCAGUUGAUUAAGAAAGUGUCAAAUCUCUCAGCACAGAAGCCAGCUGUCAUAACUACACCCAAUUUACUAGUGGCAGCUUCAGGACAACUGGAAGCAGUGAAGAAAGCCAAGGGCGGACAGGUUACAGGAAUUCCACCAACACUUGUGCCGGCUGAUGUGAGGCCACCGCAGAUGCCAACAGGAAUGGCUUCUGUGGUGAUUCAGCUUCCAGGUACAAUACAGCUGAAGGGUUUAAUUGGUAAUAGCAGUAUUCCCAUCACUUUGUCUGCUGUGCCUCGCACCAUCUCUGCAGCAGAACCAUCUUCUACCACGUCAGAAAAUGAUGACCUGUCCAUGAUGCCCAAGAUUAUCAACGUCACAUCCCUAGCGGAGGAAGCCUUUUCAGAUCUGGGCCAGGAUAUAGAAUUCCAUACUCCAGCGACUAAGGCAGGCACAGAUACUGAGGUUAAUAUCCUGUUGGCAAAGGAGACUGCUGCUAGUGAACCCUUGACAGAGCCAGCAGGGAGGGAGCUCUCCUCCACAGAAAAUCUACCAUCACAUCCAGUGGACACAACAGAAGAAAAACGUUCCAGUGGUAUAGAUAUAACACAGACCUCUUACUCCAGUCUUCCAGAGAAUCUCCCCCUGGCCAAAGUCAGCAUUGUUAGUCCUGAGACAUCCUCAAAAAGUGAAAAGGCUGCUAAGAAUGCUUCCCCUUUGGAUAAUGUCUUGGAGGAUGUCAGAGACUCUGAACUAGAGCUGGAACUAAAAAACCUUUCAUCUGCUAUAGAUGAAGCAGAUUUGGACCCCAGUGAGUUAUCAGAUGUUAUGGGUGUACAAGAAGACUCAGAUGAAACUUUCUCUUCUCUUUUAAAUGAGAUUGCUUUAUUAAAUCAACAGUUAAACAAUGAC